AAAGCAAAGUAAUUCAGAUUCAGACAAGUUCGGUCUUGGGAAACCGUAAAGCUCGAAAGAGAAUUAAUACUUAAACGGCGCAUGCGUCAUUCUGGGUGGGGUAUAGUUUCUUGCGUUCGGAAUCAUGACGCUAGUCCGCCAGUCUUACGAAUCCGACCGAAUUAGUAUUUUGCUGUCUCUCUAUGGGGGUUGGUUGUUUCGAGGCGGAACGUCACACAAGUCAUUGCAUUGUUGUUAUUUAUCACUAAGUCGGUGUUUCGAGUAAAACAUUAGCUUUUUUCAAAGGAAGGACAAUAUUUAGCCAUCCAAAUCCGAUUUUCAACGAGCAGACAGUGAAAAAAACGGUGUUUGUGGACAAAACCAAUUCUAACCUGUACGCUUCGGAUUCUGUGAUUUUUUAAUUAGUUUUCAGUGGUAUGUUAGUAUUUUCUUAAGUGUGUGUUGAUGUUUAUCGAUGUCAUAGGCUAACUACGUCAAAACUACCGGCGAAUGUGUUUCUGUUUGCAUUUUUUUCGUGCCAGAAGCAGUGUCGAAAAUUGUCGUUUAGGCGCAUGCCAUGUGCUUUCACGUCCAAUACGACCCAUAAGCCAAAAGAAGUCUCCUACUAGAAUCCAGAUGACGUGAAGCUAAGACAGUUGGUGUCACCGCAACGAUGCGGUCGUCGCUGGCCUACAUCCUGGCAACAAUCGCUUUUGUUGUCGCCGUACCAUCCGACAUCAUCCGCACCUUCUCGGACAAGAAAGUUCAAACCUUCAAUCACCUGGUUGUGGAUAAGAAUACUGGAAGAGUGUACAUCGGCGCCGUCAACAGGUUAUACCAACUGUCACCUGACCUCGACCUGGUAGUGGUCGAAGAAACCGGUCCAAAAGAAGACUCAGAAGAUUGCUCGGUACUAGAAUGUAACAACGCGCAAAACAAGAAACUCACCGACAAUAUAAAUAAGGCUUUAGUUAUCGAUUACACUACAACGAGACUGAUAGCGUGCGGCAGUUUAUUCCAAGGCAUUUGCUCGGUGAGGAAUUUGCAAAAUAUAUCCGAUGGCACUCAAGAGAUCCGAGAAGCUGUCGUGGCAAACAACGCAACGGCUUCGACGGUGGCUUUCAUCGCACCAGGUCCUCCAAAUCCUCCGGUAUCUCAAGUUAUGUACGUGGGUGUAACGUUUACAUUGGGAUCUCCUUACCGUUCUGAAGUUCCUGCAGUCAGUUCACGAUCUUUGGACAAAGAUAAGAUGUUUACCAUAGCCCAAACCGCUGUCACAACAGGGACCAGAAUGUUUGUCAAUUCCUUAGCUAGAGAACGAUAUCCCAUCACCUAUGUUUACGGUUUUUCAUCAGACGGUUUCAGUUACUUCCUAACCACCCAAAUGCAGCACACUUCAUCAAGCCAAUUCAUCAGCAAACUAGUCCGAGUUUGCCACGAUGACGAAAAUUAUUAUUCGUACACUGAAAUACCCAUCGAUUGUUCAUCCAGUGACGGACAAAAGUACAACUUAAUUCAAGCAGCUUACGUAGGCAAAGCCGGUUCUGAUCUCGCUUCUGACCUGGGUAUCACAGCUCAAGAUGACGUACUUUUUGCCGUUUUUAGUGAAAGUGACCCAGUGACUGCUAACAAACCAUCAAACCACUCAGCGCUGUGCGUCUACUCCCUGAAGGCCAUCAGAAGAAAGUUCAUGCAGAACAUCAAACACUGCUUCAGCGGUAACGGUCAAAGAGGCUUAGACUUCAUCUCUCCCAGUCAUCCCUGCAUUCCAACGAAAUUAUCGUCGAUAGGAGAAGAUUUUUGCGGGCUGGACGUAAACACACCACUUGGAGGUGAACAGCCUGUUUCUGCUGUUCCAGUUUUGAUGUUCAACACCAGGCUCACGGCUGUUGUUGCUACUUCGACUGGAGAUUUCACUGUGGUGUUUAUUGGCACCAGCACAGGCCAUUUGAAAAAGGUGGUUGUGGAAUCGCAAACGUCAGCCUUGGAGUAUGGAGACAUAGUGGUCGAAGAAAGGUCGCCAGUAAAUCAAGAUUUGCAUUUCGACUCACAGCUUAUGCACCUUUACGUAAUGACAGCAAGAAAGGUGUCUAAAGUAAAGGUUCAGGAGUGUACAGUCUACAGGAACUGCAUGGAAUGUUUAGGAGUAAAAGAUCCUUAUUGUGGAUGGUGUUCCUUAGAGAAUAAAUGUAGCUUGAGAUCGGACUGUCAAGAUGCAGCUAAGGACCCUUUGUAUUGGAUCAGCUAUAAAAGUGGCAGAUGCACUACCAUCACAUCUGUAAUUCCUAAUCAAUUGCAGAGAACGACAGCUCGAACGCUGGACCUCGUAAUCGACAAUUUGCCGAGUCUCAGUGGUCAUUUUUUGUGUGCAUUUACCGCUUUAGAUAAAACGCUCGUUACAAAUGCUACCAGGAAAGGUUCAGGUGUUAAUUGUACCACUCCUAGAACUGAUUCUUUGCCUUCGAUACCACCAGGACAGCAUCAUUUUACGGCAAAAUUGUCGGUGCGGAUGACUUCAGGACCUGAUUUCGUAGCAACAAAUUUUACUUUCUUUGACUGCAACACUUACAGCUCGUGCACUCAGUGUGUUUCAUCAUCGUUUCCUUGCGAUUGGUGUGUAGAUGGUCAUCGAUGCACUCACGACACUGCAGAAAAUUGUCGUAACGACAUUUUAGUAACAGGUGUCAGCCGCGCUGGACCAAGCUACAGAUCAGGACCAGGUUUUUGCCCAACUAUAAACUCCACCGUGGGUAAUUCACCUGAAAUUCUCGUGUCUUCUGGCAUCAAAAAAGGAAUCAAAGUAAAAGUACAUAUCAUCGGGCAGUUCAUAGUUCAAACUCGUUUUGUCUGUCAAUUCAACAUCGAAGGGAGAGUUACGAGUGUUAACGCGCAAUUACUUGGCGACACUAUCUACUGUGAUCCCAUGGAAUUCACUUACUCAUCAAGAGCACCGAAUAUAACAGCUACCUUUGCGGUCAUUUGGGGAGGUUCCAAGCCUUUAGAUAACCCAGACAACAUUCACAUUGUAAUAUACCGUUGUCAUGAUAUGGCGGAUAACUGCGGAAUGUGCCUAGCUUUAUCAGAAAAAUACGAAUGUGGAUGGUGUCAAAGUUCUGAUAGAUGUGAAGUCAAAGAGCAAUGUGAAAGAGGGACAUCGGUAUGGCUUAACCGGAGCCAGACUUGUCCUAACCCAGAGGUUACCUCAUUCAGUCCAGAACUAGGUCCAUGGGAAGGCGGUACAAACAUUACAAUAUCAGGAAUCAACUUAGGAAAAACAUUUCAAGAUAUUUAUACCGGCGUCAGUAUUGCUGGAAUCAAUUGCCAACCCUACGAACACUUGUACGUCAAAACAAAUCAGAUAGUGUGUAUUGUGGAUGGGCCUGGUACAAAGGAACCCCGUCAAGGUCCAGUAACCGUUAAAGUCGAAGAUUACAGAGGCGAAUCAAAGACACACUACAGAUUUGUUGACCCUGCCAUAACAAGUAUAUCUCCGAGAUAUGGUCCAAAAUCAGGCGGAACCGCUUUGCAAAUUACUGGAGAAUACAUGAACGCAGGAAGCAAUAUUCAAGCUUUUCUCGAAGAUAUGCCUUGUAAAAUAGUCUCAACGGAACAAAAUCAAGCUUUGUGUAUUACAAGUGCGUCUGAUAGCAUAGCAAAGAAAAAAUUAAGAAUGAAAUUCGACAAAGGCGAUAGAUACUUAGAAAAUAUGAUGUUCGAAUACGUCGACGAUCCAAUUAUUGAGUCUGCGGAGUCUGGAGUGCAGACUGGACAGAUAAAAUUCCCCAAAGGUAUACCUGCUGGUGGAAUAAAGAUAUCUGUAACUGGAAAAAAUUUAGCAUACAUACAAAAACCUCAAAUGUAUGUUUUCUACGAGCAAAAGAUGUUUGUCAGUGAAUGCACGGUUUUAAGCAACACAAGUAUGGUAUGCAACAGCCCCGUCAUAGACGAAGUAGAUGAAUCAAAAUUAGAUGCAGACAAUCCUUUAAAGUUAGAGUAUGGUUUUCGGAUGGACAAUGUAACCGGAGUUCAAAAUUUAACUUUAAACAAGGACUUUAAUCCAUUUUUACUUUACCCUAAUCCAACAUUUUAUCCUUUUGACAAAGAAGUUAAAUAUUACAAGUCUGAUUACCUCAAUAUCAACGGUCAAAACAUCGACAGGGCAUGUCAAGAAUCUGAUGUAGAAGUACGCAUAGGUACAAGUUACUGUAAUGUAACUUCUUUAUCAAGGCAACAACUAACAUGCAGACCUCCAGAAGUCCAACCUCCAGGAGUUGAUCAAAGAGGAUUACCAAACGGAGAAACUUUGCCAGAAGUUAUUGUUACUGUAGGAGGAUCCUUAAGAUACAAUAUAGGCCAUCUCUCUUAUUCUUCCCCACAAAGUUUAAAUGGGCCUCUAACAAAGCCAACGAUUUACGGAGCUAUCAUAGCCAUUGUCAUAGUUAUUGUAAUGUCAUUCAUAGUAUUCCUCAUAGCAUACAGAAGAAAAUCUACUGAAAGUAACAGGGUUUUGAAGAACAUGCAGGAGCAGAUGGAUAUUUUAGAGCUAAGAGUAGCCGCUGAAUGUAAAGAAGCAUUUGCUGAACUUCAGACGGAAAUGACAGACUUAACUAGUGACCUGACGUCAGGAGGUAUACCAUUCCUCGAUUACAGAACAUACGCGAUGAAGAUUCUUUUCCCUAACGAGGACGAUCAUGCGGUGCUGCAGUGGGAAAGACCAGAACUUAUUUGUAAAGAAAAAGGUCUCCGGUUAUUUGGACAGCUCAUAAUGAACAAGACUUUCCUGCUAUUAUUCAUUAGGACUCUAGAAAGCAACCGAUAUUUUUCUAUGCGCGAUAGAGUAAACGUAGCAAGCCUAAUAAUGGUUACAUUGCAGAGUAAAAUGGAAUAUUGCACUGAUAUUCUCAAAACCCUUUUGGCAGAGCUUAUUGAAAAAUGCAUGGAGGGUAAAAGCCAUCCGAAGCUUCUUCUACGCAGAACUGAAAGUGUCGCCGAAAAGAUGCUUAGCGCUUGGUUUACAUUUUUGCUGUACAAAUUUCUCAGAGAAUGUGCCGGUGAACCCUUAUUUAUGUUGUUUAGAGCAGUAAAACAACAAGUCGACAAAGGCCCUGUAGAUGCUAUUACUUCUGAAGCCAGAUAUUCACUUAGUGAAGAAAAGCUGAUUAGACAAUCAAUAGAUUUUAGACCAAUGACCGUAUAUGUGUCGAUAUCGCAGCAAGCGUUUGUUGGGGGGUUAGAUAUCAACACCGAAAAUGUUCCUGUAAAAGUCCUUGAUUGUGAUACAAUUAGUCAAGUAAAAGAGAAAUGUUUAGACACUAUUUAUAGAGCCACACCUUAUUCUCAGAGGCCCAAAAAAGAGGAUCUUGAUUUAGAAUGGCGAACAGGUACCUCGGGUAGAUUAAUAUUGUAUGAUGAAGACACCACAACAAAAGUAGAGGGAGACUGGAAGAGGAGAAACACUCUCCAGCACUAUAAAGUACCUGAUGGUGGAUGUCUCACCUUGGUGUCCAAACAAAGUUCAAUAUACAAUCUGAGUAUUUUCUCAGACAAAAACGACAAGUCUCACAAAUACGAAACAUUAAAUCUUAGUAAGUUAAGUUCAGUAAGUCCUCCGUUAAGCAGAGCCACUAGUCCUUUAAACCAUGACCAUGAUCAGGGACUGAAAGUGUGGCAUUUAGUCAAACAUCACGACAGUGAUAACCAAAAGGAAGGAGAAAGAGGCAACAAGAUGGUGUCUGAAAUUUACCUAACCAGACUUCUUGCCACCAAGGGAACGCUACAAAAAUUCGUCGAUGAUCUCUUUGAAACAAUUUUCAGCACAGCCCACAGAGGAUCAGCGCUCCCCUUAGCCAUAAAAUACAUGUUUGAUUUCCUCGACGAUCAAGCGCUGCAACAUGGCAUUACUGAUCCUGAAGUAGUACACACAUGGAAAAGCAAUUCCUUACCCUUAAGGUUUUGGGUGAAUUUAAUUAAGAAUCCAAAUUUUGUGUUUGAUAUACAUAAGUCAAAUAUAGUUGACGCUUGUUUGUCUGUAGUUGCUCAAACAUUCAUGGAUUCUUGCUCUACAUCAGAUCAUAGAUUAGGCAAGGAUUCUCCAAGUUCAAAACUACUUUACGCCAAGGACAUCCCUUGCUACAAAGAUUGGGUUGAUCGGUAUUAUUCCGAUAUUAAAAUGAUGCCUGCAAUUUCUGACCAAGAUAUGAAUGCCAUGCUAGCCGAAGACUCUAGACUACACACAACCGAAUUUAAUACAAACUGUGCUCUACACGAGCUGUACACUUACGCAAUGAAGUACAACGAACAACUCACUGUAACCCUGGAAGAGGAUGAGUUCUCGCAGAAGCAACGCUUGGCUCUCAAGUUGGAACAGGCACACAACAUAAUGAACGAGUCGGGGCAACCAUGAUAUUGGCCUGACCUGACGUGCCAGUCAGCGGAGCUCGACCUCAUGUGCUCGUCGGACGACACUCUGCCAAUCCAUCCGACAUCGGAUGACGGCAUUGACCUCAUGAGACCGUCUGCUCCGCCCCUUUCGGCUGCACUUCAGGAAUUAGCUUGCUGAUAAAUGUUAUACGCCAAAUUAGUCCCCUGCCUGACUGUCAACCUCAUGGUCAUAACAUCUCUCGCCCGUUUUAAGUAACGCGUUUACUUUUUUACUAAUUUUACACCAGUAGUGUUACUGGCAAGCACACCGCAUUUUAUUUAUAUUUAAAUCACAGAAUCUGAAGUUACACCACAGUUUGAUAGGUAUUAUCUAAGGAAUUGGCACCAUUUGAAAGCGGUGGACAAAGACGACAGACCCUUAAAAGACUUUUAAAUGUAGUAAUAAAAUAAAACACAGCAAAACGCGCUACUUAAGGGUAUUAUCUAUUUUCUUCUAUGAUCAGUUAAACGUAUAUGUAUAGUUUAAUAUUUUAGUGCUUGUAAUUUUUGUAAUAAAAAUAUCAAACCCUAAAGAAAUAAUUAACAUCUCUCCAGAGUUAUCUGUCUAUAAUGAAAUAAAAGUAUGACGUAAAAGGCAUAGAAAUAACAUUUCAGUUCAAUUUCUGUUCGCGAGUUUUUUAAAGCAUCUGUCAAAGUAUUGAAAUUACAAUACAUAAAAUACCUAAUUGUGUAAAAAAGAAAAAAAUCGAUACUAUCAAGGCAGUGGAUGUCACUUCGGUAUUCUAAUUCUGUGUUUAAAAAUACUUUGCAAUUUAAAUGACAUUUGCUCAAUUGGUAAGUGCCUUUUCUAGAACGUUUAGUAUCAAAAAAUAAGAAUGCAUAAGAAUGGUUUGAUUGGUUAAUAACAUUAAUUUAAAAAUAGGUAUUAAAAAAAGAGAAUUCGUACAGCUCGUAUGAUAUCUGGCGUAUUAAAAAAUAAUAUUCAUCACAAAAGAUUUUAAUUUUUGCAAUUAUAUAGUCUUGACAUAAAAUACAAAACAAUGUUAAAGUUUCUACACAGACUGUACCCUUAAAAACCAGCAAAUAUAAAGUUCUGAUUGUUUUUGGGCUGUCUGUCAUAUGCAUUUCAACUUGCAACGUAUUAUCUGAAAGCGUUUUAUUUCUGUGUUUUGGCAAACGCAUUACUGGUUGUAGAAAUUAUAGAAAAGUAAAUAUGUCCUAAUGUACGCAUUUUUCGAUAGUAGAAUGAAAAUGGGAGUAACACAGGAGGAUGGACUAAGCAAUACAUAUCCCUACAGACUAAAUUCUUUGUGUGUUACGAAUUGCUGUUGUGCAAUUAUAAUUGUUCAGUGUAUAUGCGGGGACAGUACUCACUCAUUGACUCUGAAGUGCCUCUGGUAGAUUGAGUGUGUCUGCCUCCAAAAAUGAAUGUACUAUAUUUUUAUGAUAAUACUAGAAUUAUGCUUUGUUGUGCUGAUCCUCUCAGCCUUAGUCCAUAUUAUUGAUGAUUAACUGGAAAUAUCAAGUCUAACAAUGGCUUUUUUGAUAUGUGUAUAAUUAUUAAAACUUUAUACAGUUUAAUAUUUUUAUAUUUCAGUUGGAAACCUUGUACCGUACUUCUACUCUACCGACGCGAACUAGCAAUUUUUCCAGAUAUCAGUCAAUUUUUACAUAUUUCAAUUUAGUCUAUGUAGGUUUUGGUAUGUUAGCCACAACCUGUACAGAAACCCUUACUCCAACGCAGGUCACCUGAAAGUCAUCUCUCAUUUUCGAUAUAAUAACCACAAUAGCGUAAUAAAAACAUUAUCUUUCGUUGGUAUAAGGGGUUCUUCUAUAUAUUAAAAUCGAUGUCAAUGUCACAAAUGUAAAAGCUGGUAGAACUAAGGUACACCAAUCGAACGCAAUCAUUGUUGAUUGUCUUCCGCAAAAAGGAAGCACCAGGGUGUAGUAUUUAUGCGACCUUUCAAUCAUUUGAUGUCUCAAACUAUACAAAUUAUGCACGAGGUCGUUAUCAAUGUGGUUUUGUGUAAGUGUCCUAAGGCUGUGUAAGUUUACGUAAACAACCAGCGUAGUACACUGCCUAACAGAAAACUAAUACACUGUGAUCAAAAGAAAAAAACAUUACAUUUAGCUCAGUUAUAAUAUUUGAGUUUGAGCUUUGCUAUAUCUCUGGCUGACAUUGACAGUUAGGUCCUUGUUAUAACUACGAUAAAAGAAAUAUGAAUAUCUCUCAAACAAAUGAAGCAAGUAUUUUAAUAACUAUUUAUAUGAUAUUAUGAUCGUAGAUGAUAUUAGAUAUAGCUCAAACUCAAAUGUCCUUGCGCUUAAUGAUAGGUGGUUCUUAUCUGAUCACAUGGUAUGCACCAUAUUAUGUGUUUUAAUAAAUGUGAAAGGCUUUUUAACUAUAAAAUAAAUGGUAAAAUUAGGUGUCUCUUUUCUGUUCGGAAGUGUAUAUGUUGUCGCACCGACAGUUUUUGUUUUGGGCAGUGUUGCUGUCUACAGCUACCUGACGCAUUGGUUCCAUUUUAAGGUCACUAAAUAAAAACAAAUAUAUGUAUAUAUGUACAUAUAUAUCCAACAACAAAAAGGCCCUAUUUUGCAGCGAUUAGUAUAAUAACGUGUUACCUCUAUUCCGCGCAAACUUUACACAGACAUGGCUAUUGAUACUAUCCGAAACAUUUGAGUGUUUGAGGUAACACAUUUUUAGCCUAAAAGCUUACACAUUUACGUUUUAUCCUGAACUCAAAAAUAUUUGGAAGAUUUUGUCAGAAAAAAUUAUCCUUAUACGUAAUUUAAAUAUACUUUUAUAUAGAGAAAUUAUUUCCUUAUUGCUGAAUGUUUCUGAUACGUAUUAAUAUCCCAUUACAAUACUCAAUUAUUAAGGCCUUUCUUUUUAACUUUAUUAACCGAUUAUUUUUAAGCAAUAACUAUACUGCCUAUUUUAUAGUUUUUAAGACUUUACAACAUUCCCAUUUUAGUGAGAGCGUUUUUAAGUAUACUUAAUUAAGUCUUGGUGUUAUCUGUGAAUAUUAGAUUAACUAAGAGUCAUGCCAUAGAAACAUUCAGUGAUCUUUCUUAAGUUGCAAUAUUUUUCAAUUUAGUGAUAUAUCUGUUUAAGUAUUUAUGUUUAAUAAUUUUAUAUUUUUAUUAUUAAAGAAUGAAACUAGGUAUAUAUUCAGUUUUUUAAAUAUAACUUUGAGACAACUAGCGCUUUAAUCAAUUUUUUAUUUAUCUAUUAUUAACCGUAUUUUGUCUAUAAUUUCGCAGUCGUCUCAAAGAUAAUUUUAUCUAACGAAAUCUAGUGAUUAUUUUAACUGUUUAGCAAUAUUUAUCAUAGUUACCCAACAGUUUUUAAGGAAACUUGAAUGUAAUUAAAAAAGGCAUAUUGCAAACUACUGUUCAGUUCAUAAUCGUUAGAUUUUUGACCACUCAGAUAAUAUUUAUUAUGGGAACAAAAUAUAUGUAUGCUAUAUUUCAAAAUAUUUUUAAAUUAUGUAAAUUCUUUCAAAUGUUAGUAGAUUUAUUUUAAUAAUUACGAAUAUUGUCACCGUCCUUAUUGGAACAAUGUAAUUCUCAAUAUAGCUUAUGGACAGCUACGCAUAUCAUGUCCAGAUAGGCACACUUUUAUACCUAUUUUCGUACUCAUAUCUAUGUAACCCCUUUUUUCCCUAUUAAGAUUUUAUUUUUUUUUUGUAAUUUUAUUUAAGUAUUGUAUAUAAAAAAUUUUAUGCCAAAAAAAUUGCUUCUGGACAACUGCAUAGGAAGAAUUGUAAAUAUUAAAUGUAUGUAUGUAAGUAAGCUGGAAUGAAUGAAUAUUGUGUUUAUAUAUGUACGCAUCAUCUCUUGAUAUAUUCAUAGUACUGUGUGUAUAUCUGAUUGCAUCUGUAAUAAUAUGAAUGGUAAUGUAUUACUAUAUGUUAUUAUAAAAGACUGAAUGGAGUUACUAAACUACUUAAUAGAAAAAUAUAA